AUGGCGAAAGGCCGGAGACUUACAGUCAGCCAGAGCGAAAGGUUCCUGGGAAGCUACGGAUAUGGCGGAAACACCCACAACACGGAGGAAGACGGUGUAGAACUCGGCGAAGAUGACGUGUGGUACUCUAUGGUUGAUGAAAUGGUUAACAGUGGAAACAACGGAGGCGAUCAUCGUUCCAUCAAUAGUGAUUGGUACUCACGCGCCGCUAAGGGUGGUUCCACGAAGAGCCUCCGUCGUUCCUGUGUUCUGACUCCUGCUUCCGCCGGUGGGCUUUCCGUGGCGUUUGAUGAUCAGCCGGUGAAGCAUAUGGUGGCGUCGCCGCGGAUUAUUCACCAGUUCCGGAACGACGGGGACAGGUUGGCGUCUCCACGUCAUGUUGCCACAUCGGCACCAGUGAACGUGCCUGACUGGUCAAAGAUUUACCGAGUUGACUCGGUUGAAUCGAUGCAUGACUCGGAUGAUGGGACAGAUGAACAUGACUCGGAAAUGGUCCCACCCCAUGAGUAUUUAGCUCGGAGCCAUAGAACGGCUGCCAAGUCGGUUUUUGAGGGUGUAGGUCGGACCCUUAAAGGCCGGGACAUGAGCCGGGUUCGAGAUGCUGUUUGGAGCCAAACCGGAUUCGAUGGUUAG